CUAGAGUGUUCAUUGGUUAGAGUAUUGUCAUAUCAUGUGCGAGUUUGGAAAAUAUUUACCUGUUAUUUUAAAAGCAUAGAUAGCAUGAUAUUUUUUGUGGACACGGAAGAAACAACUAAACUGGUAUAUGUAGUGUAAAAUAAUCGGAAACACAAUAGUGUAUACUGAAGUAAAGACGUUACCCAAGUGACAGUGUUUUCAGGCUCGAAGACUUCUCAUUUAUGCAACAUCAGCAAACUGAUAUUUUAACUACAGAACCUGUAUAAAACUGGAAAGAGAGAUGUUUCAAGUUAGAGUUGCAGAUCUUGGGUAGCUAGAUGGCGCUGAGUGGGUUGAUUGCCAAUCAAAGAACUCGACGUAUAUUGGCGGUAUAUUCGCCUGUUGUUUGCAACAUUUGCGCCAAAUCACUUCAAGUGGACAACAGGUGGAGGACUGAGAGAUCGUAUUCACAGCUCAAAAUGUUGGGUGCCGAGCAAAUAAAGAGGAUCACAGAAAAAGUGUUUCAAGAUGAGAAUAUACGAAGGAUCAUGCCAAAAGGAAAAUUAUUUACGGUUUCUGUGGAGGGGAAUAUAGGCAGUGGGAAGACAACAUUGUUGGAGUACUUUCAAAAUUCCCCGAAUGUAGAGGCAAUCAGGGAGCCGGUGGAACAGUGGACCAAUGUACAAGGACACAACGCAUUGCAACUACUUUAUGAAGAUCCCAAAAGAUGGAGCUUCACUUUCAACUUGUAUGCACAGCUAACACGAAUCCAGAUGCAUGCCAGAGAAACAGACAAACCUGUAAAGUUGUUGGAGAGGUCCCUUCACAGCACAAGAUACUGUUUUGUAGAGAACUGCUUCCGAGAGCAGGUGAUAAAUGGACUAGAGUACACCAUACUGAACCGGUGGUUUGAUUACUUAACAAAGAAGGACAAUACUCAACUGGAUUUGAUAGUGUACCUGAGAGCAGAUCCAGAUGUGUGUUACGAGAGAAUCCGGAGCAGGGACAGGAAGGAGGAGGCAUCUGUGCCUAAGAAACUGAUAAAGGACCUACAUGAUCUUCAUGAAGAAUGGUUGGUACAGCAAAGAUUUUACAAGGCUCCUGCACCUGUCCUGGUUUUGGAUGCAAACUGUGAAUACCGGGAAAUGACAGAACUUUAUGAGACGAGGAGAGAGGAAAUUCUGUGUGGUUACGUAUGAUAAUUAUAGACAGAUUGAUACGUAUGUCAGAAAUGUCCCGUGAGUGAGUGACUAAACUUCUAUAAAGGCAGCCCAGCAGCAGAGGUGAAUGAGUGACCGAGCGUGUGUAAUGGUGGAAAUGACCAAACUAAGAGGAUAUCAGCCACUCCACCAGGUCUCUUUAAAAAAAGAUCUCAGAAUGUGAUGGUCCCUGGUCCAAGACGUGUGAAGUGAAGUUUUAAAGUGUGAUUGUUAUAGGAGGAACACUUGUAUAACAUACAACUGAAUUGUGUUCAUAUUUUUAGACCUAGGUUUGUGAAAUUUAUUGUACACCAUACGGUAGAUUUUAGUCAGCUGUUGACAUUUUAGAUCGGAACAAUUUUUUUAAUAUUAGGAAGUUCCAGUUCAUCAGGUGUGUUCAUGUGAAAUUAUUCCAUUACAACUCAGGUAUUGUGUAUGUUGGAUGAUAUUAUUACAGAAUUGUUCACAUUAGUUCCUUGAGAGUUCAGUAGAAGUGCAUUUCUGGUGUAAAAGAUUUAAUCUUUUCUGUCUCAUUCUCGCUAUAGUCCAUCUCUUGUGUAUUGAGUGAGUGAUUUUGCGUACAAGUUGUGUGAGGUUAUGAGCUAGUGUGUUUCAUCGAUGUAGACUGGUAGUGCAAUAGAAAAUAUUACGUUUUAGAAUUAGUUCACUGAAAUGUAUUGCACCAUGUACCAAAUAUUGGUAACUUAUAUUCUUACUUUGAAAACUAUGUUCCAGGUAGCCUAAAUUAUGCAGCAUGUUUUAAUUGGUUUUUAAUGCAUUUAAUUGAGAAACUUUUUUGGUGAUAAAACACUUGGAGUUAAUCUGCCAGUAUAUACAUUUUUCUUGAUUUUAAGAUACGCAUGUUGGUGUUCAUGUGUUCUUGCCACAGUUAAUUUCCAGUUCAGCAUCGUGGGCAUUUUGUAUUUUAUUAGUGAGAAAUUUGUUGUCAAGAGAUAUGUUACCAUACACUGUUCAGUAUACAAACUUAAGUACAUGAACUUUGUGUCAUUUGUACUUAUAUUAAAAUAUUUAUUUGAAAUAUUAA